CUACUUCGUACAUGUGUAUUAUUACCUUUUGCCUUCAUUCCCUUCUAUAAUUGUAUUAUCAAAACUAUCAAAACGGAACUUGCUGUAAUAAAUGCUGCCAGCCCUCCAAAUCAAAAUUCAUAUACUGUUUACAUUAGGUAUAACUAUCUACAUACCAAAAGAGAUAAUUAAAAAGACUCUACUUCAACAAACCUCAUCUAAGCACUUCCUGUGCUAAUGUUAGAUCGAUCCCACAACUAUGACGGAAUAUAGAUCUUCAACGGUCCUGCGAUAUGAUCCUGCGAUCAUGGCUCGCAUACAGUAUGUGUGCGGAGGUAGGCAGUAGGUUUACAUACAUAUGUUUACAUACAUAUGCAACAUAUAUGUGUUUGGUCUCACCACUCGCUUGCUUCUGUUUGGCUUCCUCCGCUGCCGAUCAAUUUCGUUCGCCUAUCGUCUACCGUCUACCGUCUACCGUCUAUCGAGAGGCAUCACUUCGCUUGAAGCCGUUUCCGAGACCACUAGCCAAUUAAGUGCCUAAGACCACACGGCUAACCAGCUAGCCGUAGUUUCGGUAAUAUGGUGGAAUUUUGGCCACCGGCUUACGUAGGUAUGGAUGUAUGUACCUAUCUAAUAUCUAAUGUAUAUAGCAACAAAAAGAGAUACAUCACCCGAAAUCACCCCUACAUGUACAUGUACGGUUCUACUUCUAGACGAGUCAACCUUAGGCUUGUUGAAUGCUUUCGUACCAAUCGCAUAAACCGUCACUGGUACUGGUGCAGCUUUUUUAUAAUCGUAGUUCCCACGUCAUACAAAAGGGCCUACCUACCUAGUGGGUAUAUACCAAUCAUACCACUCAUCUUAGAGUUCUCAAGUAUGAUCAACUUCAUUCUGGCGUCUUUUACUUAAUACGAGACGCACAUUCGCCGAAUUCUACGAGAUGGAUAUGACAGCCUCAUGAGCUGCAUCAAUGGAUUUAAACCUGAUGGCAUUGGGUCGAUAUUGAUUUAUAGAUUAGGUAGUGAAUGCUUGGUUGAACUCGAACUGGAAUGUGACGGCAUCGAGAUUAACUCGGUAGCAAAUACGAAUAGUCUAAUGUGGAUAUCUCAUGCAUAGACGGCAUUAAGUUUCAAUGUUGGAGGGUCCGGACUCCUUAGUAUACCUACCUAGGUAGCUUAUCUUACAUAAACCUUCAAGUGAAGCCCGGUAGACAGCCUAGGAUCUCGACUUUACGGCCUUCGAAACCCUUGGUGAUAGUUAUGGUAGACUUGAUUCUAACGAAAUUGUCACUGACACCCUGAUCACCUAGUGUGCUUCAGGGCGCAAGAAAACCUAUAAAAUAGCAUAAUAUCCC